AUGCUGGACCAUUGUUCGAUAUCGCACAAAGGCGGUAUUAUUCUUUGGUCGCGCUCAUUCACACCCGCAGCGUCCACAACAGCAGCGUCUGCUGCAUCUCCGGUGAACUCCCUUAUCCGAGAGGCACUUGUGGAAGGCCGUACUGCGGAAGACAAAUACGAGAAGGACGGGUAUGCGGUGAAAUGGACGUUCGUCAACGACCUUGAGCUUAUUUUCGUCGUUGCGUACCAGCGGAUCCUCCAGCUCACGUACGUUGAUGAGCUCCUGGAAGCACUCAAGACCCUUUUCGUGAAGCUCUUCGAACCCUUCCUCGCCACGUUUGUUGCCUCCCUGCAUGCCGUGCGCAAUGCCAAACUACCAUCUAUAGGGGCUGGUGGCAUGGCUACCUCAUGGAACUUCGCGCAGGCGUUCAACAAUUGGGACGCCGUCUUCGACAAGCUGCUGAGGGGAAUGGAAGACAAGGCUGCGCAGGAGCGGCGGACGCGUGUAAGCCACCCAGCUCGCGCGGUGAUUGAGCCGAGCCCGCCCUCGGAUGAUCUCAGCACGACUCCCUCGCAACCGAACCCCAACACCGUCGACGAAGAGCAAAUUGCGCGGAACGUGCAGGCGCUCAAGAAUCGACUGCGCGGCCGCGGUGGGCGGCCGGGCAGACGUGGGGGACGUGCAGACGCAGGAAGCGGGAAGGACAGUCUCCCGAAUUCUGAUUCCGACACGCCGUCGAAACGCAAGCCCAAGGGGAAGGCACAGCGCAAAUGGGGAGACGAAGCCCCGAGCGAGAGCGACAUGCUCUCGCUCGACUUCAGCUACGAGAAAAUCGACAAACUGUCCCAAUCGGGCCAGCUCGACCUGUCCGCGCUCGUGGACACGGGCUCAAUGGGCACGCGCACCCAGGAUGGGCUGUACGAGGUGAAGGACUGGGAGUUCUCGACAAAACGCGAUGGCACAGACGAUGUCAUCUCGGAGGUGAUCGGGAAGUCCCAUGCCGCGAAGCCCGCACCUUCCGCCGGGUCGCUCGGUGCUCUGGGCUCGCUGUUCGCGCGCCUCACGGGCUCAAAGGCGCUCACCGAGGAGGACCUGAAGCCGGUGCUGGACGGGAUGAAGCAGCACCUGAUGAAGAAGAACGUCGCCAAGGAGAUCUCGGAGAAGGUCUGCGAGAGCGUGGGCGAGAGCCUCGUGGGCAAGAAAGUGGGCGGGUUCCAAACGACCAACGCCGCGGUCCGCCUCGCGCUGUCGACCUCCCUGACGCGUAUACUGACCCCGAAGACGUCGACUGACCUCUUGUUGUCCAUUCGGAACAAGCUGUCUUCGCCGUUGCCAUCUUCGCAGCAACGGCUCCCGUACAGCAUUGCUUUCGUAGGUGUCAACGGCGUUGGCAAGAGCACGAAUUUGUCGAAGGUGUGCUUCUGGCUUAUCCAGAACGGCCUUAGAGUGUUGAUCGCCGCAUGCGAUACCUUCCGGAGUGGCGCAGUGGAACAGCUGCGAGUGCAUGUCCGCAACCUUAGCAUGUUGGGAGUAAAUGGCGCAACCAACAGCAAAGGUAGGGUAGAGUUGUAUGAGAGGGGAUAUGGUAAGGAUGCCGCAGGUAUCGCCAAGGAGGCUAUCGCAUACGCGAAGGACAACGAUUUCGACGUCGUGCUCAUUGAUACGGCCGGACGUAUGCAAGAUAACGAGCCUCUGAUGAGAGCACUCGCGAAGCUUGUGGCAACCAAUACUCCGGACAAGAUCAUCUUCGUCGGCGAGGCUCUCGUCGGGAACGAGGCGGUUGACCAGCUAACGAAGUUCGACCGUGCGCUACGCGACUUCUCAUCGUCCACUGGCACGAAAGAACGCGGAAUUGACGGGAUGCUCGUGACCAAGUGGGACACGGUGGACGACAAGGUCGGCGCUGCACUGUCGAUGACUUACGUUACAGGGCAGCCGAUCAUAUUCGUUGGCUGCGGACAGACUUAUACCGACCUGCGACAGCUGCGGGUUGCGAAUGUCGUGCAGGCCAUCCUCAGCGACUGA